CAAAAUAUCACACAUACUGUAAAAUGACACCGUUUAAAGCUGUCUUCAAUUUCACACAUACACUACUUGGGUUUCAUCAUCCUUUUAUAAAAUCUCUAUUUCCUUCGACACAAUUUACGUCUCUCUUUCUUUCUCAUAUCUUAUUCUUCAUCAAGCUCUAUAUUCUCUCUCGGAGCUUUUACUCAGGUGAAAAAGAAGAAGAUGAACCAUUGCAACAUUCAGACGAACGCCUUCAUGUCUCGCGAGGAUCUUGUCGUUUGUCCUAAGCCUCGCCGUGUUGGCUUACUCUCCAACAACAUCAUUCGCCCCCUCAGAUUUCAAAUGAGUCAAACCGCUACUGAUUUGUGUGAUUCUAAAGCUGGUGCUGAGCUUCUCGACAUUAUUCGUAGAAAGGAGGAGGAUAAUGGAACAAUAGGGCAGUUACUAUCAUCAUCCCCACCACCCUAUUUUCCCGGUUCACCUCCAAGUAUAGCAGUUAACCCAUUAGCUCAAGAUGCUCGCUUUCGAGAUGAGAAACUCACUCCAGUCUCACCCAACUCUCCUUUCCUUCACCCCAAUUCAUCAUCAACCAGUUUUCCAUCUCCAUCCUCAUCUCGGGGAUGCCGCAGAAUGAAGUUUGGACUCGCACCACCUGCAGUUAGAGUAGAAGGGUUCGAUUGCUUGAGCCGUGAACGCCAAAACUCCAGCAUCCCUGCCAUGGCUUAGUUGACCAAAGAGAGAAAACAAACAAGUGUACAUAGAGGAGGGACGAGAAAGACAUCAGUUACCGUUACCUAACUUGUUAAUUGUUAUUCAGGUUAGUACUUUGUAUACAAGUAUAUGUAGUACGUAUUGGUUCGGGCGAAUCUUUAUUAUCGUUAAUUAAGAGGAGGAAGAUUAGAAGAAUGUAUAAAGUUUUGUUGGCCAAUAACUCUUGUUCGGUUGUAAUUUAUAUAAGAGAUAAUCGAUUUAGAUUAUCUUCUUUCUGAGAGAACAUCAUCAUUGUAUUUUGUGUAUAGUAAUGUCUCUGUUAACUUGAUGGUGGGUUUAAGUUCUCUCACAAUGCCUUUGUAUAUGUAUGUACUUUAGUGAUUCAACAAAUCUGUAUGUUAAUGCCUAAUCGUAUUGUUAUUGUU